UUAUUUAAGAAAAUAAUGAAGCACAUUAAUAAUGCAUUUACUAUGGUUUAAUAAAAAGUUUAUUAUAUAUUUAGAUGGACCAACCUAUUUCUCUAAGGAUUCUAAGAAUCAUUUUAGUGAUGACACAUGACUACAAAAAAAUGUUGCAAUGCUUCUCAAAUAAUAUAUAGGGGAUUGACAAUUACAUGAACUGAUUUCUUAGCUAAUGUAGUGCAGGUCCAUUGCUUUCAUUAUUUUAACGAUCAUUAUAUGAAAAUAAAUUUAUAUAAUGUUUCUAAAAAUCUUAUAUGCUUUAGAUUUUUAGAAACAUUAUAUAAAGCAUAUAAGAUUUUUAGAAACAUUAUAUAAAUUUAUUUUCAUAGAAUUUCACAAUGUACAAAAUUUUCUACAACUUUUUUCAAAUUUAACAAAUUUCUCAAUUUUUAGAAUCAAUAAAAUCUAUAUAAAUCUUACUUCCACUAACACUAUAGUUAAUUUUGGCAUUAUUCCAGUUACUAAUCAGAAACAUUUUGUUGACAAAAAAGUAAUAAACAUUUUAUACUCCGUACGUAUUUUGUAACUGGUACAAACGUUUUGCACCAUUUACGGGGAUGGUAACAGUCGUGCUGUUCCAUGUGUUGGCACAUGAUAUUUUGUGGACAGCUAGAACCAGCCCUACUAUAGGUGAUCUUGUGCUUGAACUCUGAUAUUUUAAUUGUAUAGUACAGUAUAUAGACUAUGAUCAUUUUGGGAAUAUCUUUAGUUUCCAAAACGUUGUUGGUCGUUGUUGUUAUCGGUAGAGUUUUUUUUUUUUGCUAAAAUUGUUAUCGGUAGAGUUGUCACAUGUUUAAUAUAUUUAAUUUUUUUUGUUUUGUUUUGACUAACGUUUUUUUUCUGCCUUCAUGUAAUAUGUCAGUAUGUACUAUAGUGGCUAUUGGUAGGUGAAUAUGGAAUAUAUGUUCUGCCACAUUUUUUUAAAAAAAUCGUUCAUCUACAUAUUUUCCAAAAACUUACUUGGAACAUCUUUCUCUCUAAAAGUUUUAGAGGUCACAAUUCACCAAGAUCUGAAUGAUGAUCGCGGUAAAGCAAGCGUACAGAAUAAACAUGUGGUACGAUACAUCUACGCUUCAUGCACUAUAUCGGAUAAAUAUUGUCUUCAAAGAAUAGUUGGUAUGAAAUAACGUUUGGUUGAUGCAAAAUAUUUUGCGGUGCAGAAUAGAUAUAUAAUUAUUAAAAAUAUGAAAUUUAUACGGAUUUAUGCAAUUCGGAUCAAUAUAAUUUUUGUUUGGUUUGAUUCGAUUUAAUUAGUAUGAUUAAAAAUAUAAAAGGUAUUUAAUAUUUACGUGAUUUGGAUCAUAUUAAAAAUAUGAAAUAAUAUAUUUUGAAAAAGAAAUGUUCAGAAAUUUGGUAUAUAUAUUAUAUAUAUUUUAUAAAUAUACAAAUAGUAUUCUCAAAGAUAUAUUUAUGUAUGAAAGGUGUUCAAAUAUAUAUAUAUAUAUAUAUAUAUGUAUGAAAGGUGUUCAAAAUUUAUAUUGUUUGGUAUCGAUUUCUGGUUACGUACACAUAUCAAAUACACUUAAUUAUUAAAAAAAUCUAUUAUAUAUUUUGAAAAACGGUUUUUCAUUAUAAAUCACAUCCAUUUGAACACACUAUUUUUCAUGCUAGUAUGUUCAUAUUCACAUUUUUGAUAUCACACCACUAUAUUUUAAUGUGUAUUAAAUAAUCGUAACAAAUACUAUAAAGGAAAAAUUCUUAUAAAACACAUCAAAAUUGGAGAUAAAAUGAAUAUGUGCGUUAUUUAAUAGAACUAGACAAAACAAAAAUUGUUAUUUUUGAUGACAAAUGCGUUAUCUGACACAAAAUCGUCCCGCACAUGUGUAAUAAUAUUGUCAAUAUAAUUGACUGGUGAAAAUCUUACCUUCCACAUGACUAUCAUGAGAAUCCUAUUUAAUUGCUAAAAUAUUUUUAUGGAGUAAAAGAAAAAAAUGUAUUUGAUAUCGAUAAAAUUAUUAAGAAAAAAUUAUGCUGAAAUGAAUUUUGAAAGCAACCAAAUUUAUGAUGCCAGAGGGCAUUCAAAUAAGACUGGGGUUUAAUGGUUUAUCAUCUCAUUUUAUAUAUACUUUUAAUAUUUAUAGUGUAUAUAUUUCAUCUUAUUAUUUAUUGUGUGAAUAUAUAUUAAAUAAAAUUUUAGGCAAAAAACAUAUCUAACAAAAAAAAGUAAGAUAACAUAAUAGAUUGCAUUUUUUUCAGUGUUGGUUUUUCCGAGUAAACUAGUAUUUUUUUACCAUUGGUUGAUUAUGCUUUUACAAACUAGGAAAAUCUUAAUGUAUUAAGUUAACUCAUUAAUAGUAACAAAUUAAAAAAAAAAAUUAUUCUUACAGUUUAGUUUUCAAUUGAACAGUUGUCGUAUCAUCGAACGGUAAAUACAUUAUUCCAAACAUCAACUGUGCACUACUCAAGAUAGUAAAUAUAUAGUAAAUGAUGCAUUAAUAUGGGGGUAAACUUAUUCGCAUAUCCUGCAUUUUUCUGCAAACUGUUUGUUACUGGUUAAAAUAUGUUUGGUAGAUAAUUAAUAAUAUGUUUGUCUAGAAAAAAAUAAAGUUUAUUAACUUGUGUAUUUUAAAUCUCUAAAUAAUUUAAACGUAGGGAACCCAUAUGGUUACCAUUCAAUAUCAUUAUAUAAAACGCAUGAGGUGUUUCUCCAUUUCCUCGUAUCCAUUCAUCACUUUCCCUCUCCUCAUCAUCUCGUGUUAUACUCUCUGUCUCAUCUACGUGAUGGUGCUCUCUCACGCCGCAUCGGAUACGGACGUCUCUCACUCCACAUUCGCAUCACCAUACGUCCGAACUUCACUUCCCAGGUUCAAGAUGCCGGGAAACUCAAUUCCGAACGAAGCUGCGUAUCAGAUAAUGCACGACGAGCUAAUGCUUGACGGCAAUUCAAGGCUGAACUUAGCCUCCUUCUUGACAACUUGGAUGGAGCCUGAGUGCGAUAAACUCAUCAUGGCAUCCAUUAACAAAAAUUACGUCGAGAAGCACGCGUACCCUAUCACCACCGAACUCCAGAACCGAUGUGUGAACAUGAUUGCAAAUCUAUUCAAUGCUCCGUUAGGAGAGACGGAGACAGCCGUCGGAGUAGGGACCGUUGGAUCAUCUGAGGCCAUAAUGUUGGCCGGUUUGGCCUUUAAGCGGAAAUGGCAGAACAAGCGUAAAGCCGAAGGCAAACCCUUCAAUAAACCAAACAUUGUCACCGGAGCCAAUGUUCAUGAAGUGUGUUGGGAGAAAUUCGCCAGGUACUUUGAGGUUGAGCUUAAAAAAGUCAAACUAAGCGAAGGAUAUUAUGUGAUGGAUCCAGAGAAAGCUGUUGAGAUGGUUGAUGAGAACACUAUAUGUGUUGCGGCCAUUCUUGGUUCCACUCUUAAUGGAGAAUUCGAAGAUGUCAAACUCUUGAACGAUCUCUUGGUUCUAAAGAACAAAGAAACCGGAUGGGACACACCGAUCCAUGUGGAUGCAGCAAGUGGAGGAUUCAUAGCACCGUUUUUGUAUCCGGAAUUGGAAUGGGACUUUAGGUUGCCGUUGGUGAAGAGUAUAAAUGUGAGUGGUCACAAGUAUGGACUUGUGUACGAAGGCAUUGGUUGGGUGGUUUGGAGAACCAAAGAAGAUUUGCCUGAGGAACUCAUAUUCCACGUCAAUUAUCUUGGUGUAGACCAACCCACUUUUACUCUCAAUUUCUCUAAAGGUUCAAGUCAAGUCAUAGCUCAAUACUACCAACUUAUCAGACUGGGCCACGAGGGUUAUAGAAAUGUGAUGGAGAAUUGCAGAGAGAAUAUGAUCGUGCUAAGGGAAGGACUUAAGAAGACAGAAAAGUUCAACAUCAUAUCAAAAGACGAGGGAGUGCCACUUGUCGCUUUUUCCUUGAAAGAUAGCAGCUCUCACACUGAGUUCGAAAUCUCCCACAUGCUUCGCAGGUACGGAUGGAUAGUGCCAGCAUAUACAAUGCCUCCAAACGCACAACACAUAACUGUUCUUCGAGUGGUCGUCAGAGAAGAUUUCUCAAGAACACUCGCAGAGAGACUUGUGAUUGAUAUUGAGAAAGUGAUGCGUGAGCUCGAUGAGCUUCCUUCGCGAGUAGUCCACAAAAUUUCGCUAGGAGAGGAGAAGAGUGAAGCUAAUGGUGAUAAAUUGAGAGUGACUGUGAAGAAAAGCGAUAUGGAGACGCCGAGAGAGAUCAUCAAUGACUGGAAGAAGUUGGUUCCCGACAGGAAGAAGACAAAUGGGAUCUGUUAAUUUAAUAUUAGUGAAAAUGUUUGAACUGCUUUAUUAAUAACUGCAUUGAUUCGGAGAUUUGAAGGUUUUUCCUUUCUUGUUGUUGAACUAAGUGUGUUUCAUUUGAUUAACGUGUAAUAUCUUUUGAUAUUAUUGCAGCAUUAUGAAUUUUUUUUGUGUUAUUUGUUACUAGUUUACCAUCCAUUGCUUAUAGAGACUCCAUUUUCUCAACUCUUGCUCGCCAUGUCGCUACACCGCUGGCAGCUGAAGGUUUGGCCCUGCGGGAAGCACCACUAAAGUGCAGGGAUCUCAGCUUACCAAAGAUCAGAUGUGAAUCAGACUCAGCCAUCCUGGUUAAAGCUAUUAAUUCGAACACCCCUCUUGUUGGUUUGUGUGGUAUCUUUGCUGACAUUAGCUCUAUUGCCUCCUCUUUUGAAUCCAUCUCAUUUAACUGGAUCUCGCGUGAGAGAAACACCAUUGCGGAUGGAUUGGCAAAGAAUGUAUUAUCUGCUGAACUUGCCAUUUUGGCUGAUGCCUAAUCUCGUUUAGGUUGGUUUAAU